GUUGAAAAGAGUGGAAACAGAACCCAUUGUGGUGCUCGAGAGGAGUGGGAGCCCCUGCCGGAGCGAAGAAGAAGAAUUAACGGCAAUUCCGUGGCUGCGGACGGACUCAUGAUAGGCGGACUGAUAUGGACGUUGUCGCUCAACGCGGACGGCGGUGUCCUUUGUGAGGAGGAGCGCGUUGUCCAGUCGGAAAGAUCCGGUAUAUGAAGAGUUAAGAGCAGACAUCCCAACUGUUUAUCGAGCAGCUAGCAGGCUAGCUGGCUAGAUACCCGGGAGCGAGACAUGGGAAGCCCGUGUGAGUUUGCCUGAUAGAGAUCUUCGUCGACCUUUUGAAGAAGCUAUUUUCGGUGCGGACAUUAGCAGUGGGGAUUUAAAGUAUCUAUCGCUCGCUGAUUAAGUGACAGCAACUUUGAAGAAUGAUAUCAACUGAGCGCUAAGCAAUUUACUACUGCUGGUACUACUACAACAACAGAGCCGGAGAGGGAUAAAGUCAGACAGACCUGCUGGCUCAAGGUUGCAGACAAACCUCAAGAAAGGAGAACAUGACUCACUGGCCUCUGCCAGGGACUGGCACGGGGCAGCAGUGCCAACCUCGCCUCUGCCUCCCACUUUAGAAGUUACCCCAGUUAGCCAUGACGGAGAGGCAUUGAGGUCAGCUCCCUGUCAAUCUUUUCAAUACCUCUCCUCCUCCCUGUCCCUCAAGACCCUCUCCCCUGCCCCGCCCCCAUCAUGCUGCGCUUCCUGCCUCUCAAACUCGGCCGCCUGUACCGCUGUCUGAAGCUCCUGUUGGUGGUGGGAUUGUUUGUCAUCUUGUUGAUGAACACCCACAACCUGUUCGCUUCCUUCCAGAAGAAUGAGCUCACUGACAGACGGUUCAUCAAUCUCAACAAGUGUCCAGCCUGCUUUGGUACGAGCUGGUGCCGCAAGUUCAUGAACGGCCAGGUCUCCUUCGAGACCUGGGGUCGCUUGCGGUUCCUAGAUGUAUUCAAUGUCAAGAACGUUUACUUUGCUCAGUACGGCGAGCCCAGAGAGGGUACACGUCGUGUGGUACUCAAACGUCUGGGUUCCAACCAGGAGCUGGCUGAGAUCGACCAGAAAAUCUGCAAGAGGGCCACUGGCAGGCCACGCUGUGACCUCAUCCAGGCAAUGUACAAGACUGAAUUUGCCCGGAUCAAUGGUGAUGUUCGCCUGCUCACUCCAGAGGUGGUAGAGGGCUGGUCAGACCUGGUGCACUGCCCCUCACAGAGGCUGCUGGACCGUGUGGUCCGCAGGUAUGCUGAGACCAAAGACUCAGGCAGCUUUCUCCUCAAGAACCUCAAGGACACGGAGAGAAUGCAGCUGCUAAUGACAUUGGCAUUCAACCCUGAACCACUCGUAUUACAGAGCUUUCCUUCAGACGAAGGGUGGCCGUUUGCCAAGUACCUGGGAGCAUGUGGGCGCAUGGUAGCUGUUAACUACGUUGGCGAGGAGCUGUGGAGCUUCUACAACGCACCCUGGGAGAAGAGGGUGGACUUGGCGCGCCAGCUGAUGGACAUCGCCGAGCAGCUCACAAACAAUGACUUUGAGUUCGCCCUCUACCUGCUCGACGUCAGCUUUGAUAACUUUGCGGUCGGCCCGCGCGAUGGAAAGGUCAUCGUCGUCGACGCGGAGAACGUUCUCGUGGCAGACAAAAGGCUCAUCAAGCAGAACAAGCCAGAGAACUAUGACGUGUGGUACGAGAGCCGCUUCGAGGAGUGCGACCGGGAGGCCUGCCUGUCGUUCUCCAAGGACUCCCUCUGCUCCAGGGUCACCGUGGACCACAACUACUACGCCAUCUGCCAGAACCUGCUGUCGCGGUUCGCUAAGUGGCGGGGCUCCACCGGCGGCCUCCUCCACGACCCGCCUGCGCACAUAGCCAAAGAUGGACAACUCGAGGCUCUGUUGGACGAGUGCACCAAACCCAAAAAGCGGUACGGCCGCUUCCAGGCGGCCAAAGAACUGCGCGAGUACCUCACGCAGCUAGCUGCCAGCUCCUCCUCUGCCACGGCAAGGUAAUGAAUGGAGAUGGCAUCAGCCGGAAGCACCGAGAGACUGGACCCUGUACUCUUAAUCUCCAGACUCUUGAAAUCCUGGUUCUUGUUCAUGAUGUCAUUUGCUCCCCCUUUUGUGCGCCUGAGCAGGGAAAUAGCAGAGGUCUUGCAUCAGGAAGUGUAAGAGUGUAAAAGCUUCACAGCAGAUUUGUUGAAGCUCGAGCUUUUACCGGACUUUGCUCCUGUGUGAAAGAGCAGGGAUUCUGGUCGGAACCAGGACAGAGAAGGGGA